AUGGCCAUGGUGGCAUUUCCAGUUGGCGCAACUAUGAUGCCUUGGGAUAGCCUGAUGCCGGCGAUGGACUCCCAACCAGUCCAACCAGGUCUGAUUGCCAUGCAGGCCAUCCCCCUGGGAAACAGGUCGGAUCUUCCACAUCUACUGGGAGGUGCUGUUUCAGCUGGCAAGGAGGAUGACACUUCUGGAGCUUCAGCGUCUGACGACUACGAAGAUCAAGACGAACAGCCGGCCUCAGGCUCCGAUCCCCGUAGUUCGAGGAGGAAACCCGAGUCCAGAAGAUUGAACCUUGGGAAGAUUCCCAUGGCUCCCGGGCGUCUGACCAAUCCGGGGAUGGCAUGGUUCAACAAGCAAACCUGUGAGCAGCUUCAACAGCAACUUUCUGAAGGUAGUGAUAUCUCCUCAGCCCUAGAGGCCUUGAUUGGUCAUGUCUGGGAUUUGUCCCGCCAUCCAGUGGGCUGCCGAUUGGUUCAGUCAGCCAUUGAAAGGAGCAGCCAGAAGCAGGCAGCCAACUUGGCGUCCGAGUUGCAGGGCCAUGUGCAAGAAGCUAUGACCUCGCCACAUGCCAACUACGUCCUACAGAAAAUUGUGACGCACCUCACCUGGCAGAGCUGUGGCUUCGUUGCUGAAGAACUCCUAGACUCAGCAUCUCAUUUUGCUCGGCAUCGCUUUGGUUGUCGCAUCUUUUGUCGUUUGAUCGAGUUCCAUGCGGAGCAAAAACCCACCUUGAUGCUAGUUGAGGAGGUCCUGCAGGAAGCAGAGGAUUUGUGUUGCCAUCCAUUUGGGCAUCACGUAGCUCAAUCGGUUCUGGAACAUGGCAUUGAUCAGCACCGUGACGUGGUGGCCGAAACCAUUGACCGCAAUCCUCUGGGCUAUGCCAGGAACCAGAAUGCCAGUUAUCUAGUGGAGAGAGUUCUCUCAUCUGGCUCCAAGUAUCAAGAGUCUCUCUUGUCUGAGCUCUCAUCUUCCCUGGUAGACCUAGCACUUUCCCGCUAUGGUUGCUAUGUAGCCAGAGCUGUGGUGGAUCAUCCAAAGACCAACAGACCUUUGGAACUGUCGAAGUUGACUGCGAUCCGCCAUGAAUUGAACAAGACCAAGCAUGGACAGUAUCUUCUGGCAGAUUUGGGUUUGGGCCAGAAGUAUGGCUCCAAAAAGCAUGUGCAUUAGUUUCAAAACAAUGCGACCAGCUUGUCUCCUUCCAAUCGCCUAAGUGGCGCUUCCGGUGGCAAAAAUUGCACAGACCAGAUACAGGGCAAAUACCGCAAUUUCAAUGCAGCUUUCCCCUGCGCACAGCAAUGCUCUCUGCGCAUGAUUGGUUCGGAAGUGGAAGGAGCUUAAACUUGUAUGACCUGUAUGUAGACAUUUUGCACUGCACUUCUGUACAGGUGGACAUGUCCGACAUGUUCCAUUGAAUUCGCAUUUUUCGGACCGCUUUCGGUCACAGAUCUGCAGUGACAGAAGCAGAAUCCUGCAACACUCUGUCAAUUUUCAGCCAAAGGGCGCUGGUAGCCAAAUUGGCUCAAAGAAACUGAGAGACCAACAAGACCAACGAGACCAACGAGACCAAGCUUGGUCG